UCCACAAUGUAACAGCCAGCAUCUUGCAGCACAAUAGUUACAAGGUGGAGAGCAGAGGAGGGAGAGUGAUUCAGCAAUAGCAAACAUCGGUUGUCGUCCACAUUUGCUUCUUUUUCUUUCCUCAUUGUCUUGUUAUUUUUUUUGAUAGCCUAUUUAUUUUUUGUGGCCAUCUUUAUGAACGGUUAAAAGUAAGCCUCCAGCUAUGGUCACCGCACUGUUUCUCGUCGGGAUGUUUUGAAAAGGACUGUCAUAGGACUGGGAUCGUCAUCAGCUGGCACGGAAUGGUAUUUAUGAGCAGACAUUUCUUAUACAACUGCAGCCAACCAAUCCUGGAUGUGAAGAUAGCCUUUUGUCAGGGAUUUGGAAAACAAGUGGAUGUGUCAUAUAUCGCCCAACAUUACAACAUGAGCAAAAGCAAAGUGGACAACCAGUUCUACAGUGUGGAAGUGGGAGACUCCACCUUCACAGUUUUAAAGCGUUACCAGAAUUUGAAGCCCAUCGGCUCUGGAGCUCAGGGAAUCGUCUGUGCGGGCUACGAUGCUGUCCUGGACAGAAAUGUAGCCAUCAAGAAGCUGAGCAGACCCUUCCAGAACCAGACCCAUGCAAAGAGGGCAUACCGGGAGUUGGUGUUAAUGAAAUGUGUCAAUCACAAAAAUAUUAUCAGUUUAUUAAAUGUCUUCACACCACAGAAAUCAUUAGAGGAUUUCCAGGAUGUGUACCUAGUGAUGGAACUGAUGGAUGCCAACUUGUGCCAGGUGAUUCAGAUGGAGCUUGACCACGAGAGAAUGUCCUACCUGCUCUACCAGAUGCUGUGUGGUAUCAAACACCUGCACUCAGCCGGCAUCAUUCACAGGGAUCUCAAACCAAGCAAUAUAGUGGUGAAGUCAGACUGCACCCUGAAGAUCCUGGACUUUGGAUUGGCCAGGACCGCAGGCACCAGCUUCAUGAUGACCCCUUAUGUGGUGACUAGAUACUACAGAGCCCCAGAGGUGAUCCUGGGCAUGGGAUACAAAGAGAACGUGGAUAUAUGGUCGGUGGGGUGCAUUAUGGGAGAAAUGGUGCGCCACAAAAUCCUCUUCCCUGGGCGGGACUACAUCGACCAGUGGAACAAGGUGAUCGAGCAGCUGGGCACGCCCGCAGCAGAGUUCAUGAAGAAGCUCCAGCCCACCGUGAGGAACUACGUCGAGAACCGGCCAAAAUAUGCAGGUCUCACCUUUCCCAAGCUCUUCCCUGACUGCCUUUUCCCUGCUGACUCUGAGCACAACAAACUCAAAGCCAGCCAGGCCAGAGACCUGCUGUCUAAGAUGCUGAUCAUCGACCCCUCCAAACGGAUAUCGGUGGACGAGGCGUUACAGCACCCCUACAUCAACGUGUGGUAUGAUCCAGCCGAGGUGGAGGCGGCCAGAGAUCUCAUCCAAAUAUCCAUGCCUCCACCUCAGAUCUACGACAAGCAGCUGGAUGAAAGAGAACACUCCAUUGAUGAAUGGAAAGAACUCAUUUACAAAGAGGUGAUGAACUUUGAGGAGAGAACGAAGAAUGGCGUUGUGAAGGGACAGCCUUCACCUUCAGGUACUCUCAGUGCAUAACCCUAAUCGCUCUCACAGGUGCAGCCGUGAACAGCAGCGAGAGCCUCCCUCCCUCCUCCUCCAUAAAUGACAUCUCCUCCAUGUCCACCGACCAGACCCUGGCCUCAGACACUGACAGCAGCCUGGAGACCUCUGCAGGACCCCUGGGGUGUUGCAGGUGACUAGCGGCCUGCCUGCGCAACCCCAUGUUCUUCCGCAGGUGAAGAACCCAAACCUAAAUGACCGACUGAAAAUAGAAACAAAAAAAGAGCAAAGAUCAAAAUGAAUAUAUUAAAAACAAAAGUUAUGGGAUUACAGAAUCUGAAAUGAUGAAAUCUAAAGCCUGUGCAUAGUCAUUCAGAAACAGCAGUGGUAUUUAAACUGAAGUAUGUUAAUGAUCCUGUAGUUGCUUUGCUUAUAUUACCCCACAUAUCUUGUAUAUGGCAUCCAAACAAAAUGACCAAAAUGCUUCGACUUGCAUCUCCUGCAACGUGCAUACUGGCUGGCUACUGGUCUCCCGAUUCCUUACCAAAGCAUUUAUGCUCCAAUCAUUGUGACAAGGUGGGCUGCCAUUUUGCUCAUCACUACUGUACAAUACAUUCUCCUUCUCCCUUGUCCCCUAUCCAACCCUUAUGUAAGACACUGCUGUAUUUUAACCUCUAAACGCCCUCAUCCCCAACCCAACACAUCCCCCAUGUAAGGUUGCCUGAUUUGUGUGUUUCUAUGUGGUUAUUCUGCAGGGAUAUGUAGUCGCUCUCACCCAGAGUGGCGCUCCCUGCGCUACUUGUAAAUAAUGUAAUUCUGUACAGCUGAAGGGCACACAGAGUGGGACUGACGGCCAGUACACUGGGAGUUUUUUUCUGACUAGCGCACCUUGCCACAUCACUGCUCUCCACCUCAGUUGCCCCUGCCUAUCGCUGUAGUCCUGCAUGACUAGAUUUAAAACAAUGCUAAUCUCACUGUAUGCUAAAAUGAGUCUGUAUAGAGACUUUUGUUUAUAUACGAUGUAAACUAACUCCAGACGUGCGGGGUCUGGUCACAGGAUAGGACGAGUGAGUAAGACUGUGUGUAAGUGUGUGUUUGUUAACCAUAGGCAAGCCAUUGAGACAUUACUAAUGUCAAGGCUGAGUUUGGGACUUAAAGGGUCAGUACACUCUGGAAUAAAUUAUUUUGAUUGUGUUCAGACUUCUUGAAAUAACCCAUAAGGGGUUUAAAAAGUCAGAUUUUUGAGAAAUGUCCCUUUUGUUUCUCCUGGAAGUGGAUGAUCGGUCCCUCAACCACCCCAUGGGAUGCAUGUCAUUGUGUACAGUUAACCCCUCAUGGGCGCUGGAGGUUGGUCUGUUUCACUGUGGUGUCGCCACAUGGAGACUAUUCCUAUUUAUUUGACUGUCUGAAACAUAGAAAGAGAUACAAAUGAUACAGUAGGUAGUUUAAAGUCGGGCGAUGAGUGUUAACCUUACAGCAAUGUAUAAUUUUGUUUAAAAGCAAACUAAUUUCACUGCACCUUCAGUAAAACAUGUACUAGAUAGAGGCUACCACACAGUUAUGUUGACAACUUUAUUUCUUAGUUAUCUCUCAGAUGUAUUUAUUGAUUUAUUUAUUUUGAUGGAUGGAUGGAACCUGACUAUGGCAAGUGCCUUUAGGAAUGAAGCAUUGCAAGUGCAGAAAUGACAGUAUUUUUGGUAUUUUUUCCUCUGCUUCUUCUUUUUAUGCCUUAAACUAUCUGAAUCCCUAAGCCACCAAAGUUGGUGGAAACUUUUUUUAAAAUGAAAAACUCUUUGGAGAGAUGUUGGCGCUUUAACCUUCUAGCAGUCCCAGUGACGUGGUGUGAAAUAUCUUGAGAUUGUACGGAUUAAGACAUACUUAUGCUAGUUUUUACACAACAUUUACACAAACUGUUUUAAUAUUUCAAUUAGUUCUUGACAAUCGGGUUACUGAAAGAGUAAGAUCAAGUUUGAUACACUUAAGGUGGCUUAAACUUGUUUGUUUCUAGAACACCCAAACACCAUUUACAAACACUUGUAUGAUUAUCACCAUAUUAUUCGGAAAUUAAAUGGCCACUAGUUUAGAAUAAAAGUAAAAUCCCAGUCAUGGUCUUGUUUAAACAUCACUGAGAUAUGAGGACAGCACUGUUUAGGUGGACAAGUCAGGUAUUUGUUAAACAAGUUUCAUAACAUUUGAUGGUCUAAUUCCAUUACUGUUCGGCUGUCCACCUAAAGGACCCUGUCGCUGUACAUACACUGUCUAAAUAUCACUCCCCCAAAAUGAUAUACGUUACUUCUAAUGGCUACUCUGUUAACACUCUUCCUGCCUGUGGCUUGUGUACAUUGAACCACACACAGACUUGUGGUACCUUCACAGAGCUAACAGGGCGACUGAGGGUGGCGUCUCCAGAAUAAGCUACAGCUAGCUCAGCUUUCUGUCAGGGUCUGGCCAGGGCAAUCUUUCAAAAACAGGGUGAAACUUUUAAAUGUCUUUGUGUUUUGAAAAAUAUUCUCUCACAAAGGGGUCAAAGUGUUUUGAGUCAACUCCUACUGUGCACCACAGAUACUCACGGUACUGUUGUACAAAUACUGAAACAUUUUUUCUUUCUCUGAAUGUGAUUUUUUUAUGAGACAUCCCUCCAGACAAUUCUGUUAUGAUAAAAAGGUGCUUAUGGGCCUGAAGUAGAGUUGGUUCUAGGAGCUGGGUUUGUCAACACUGAAUGUAGAAACUGUUUCACUCACGUCAUUGCUGCUCUGCUUUGUCAUCAAUGUGUGUGUGUGUGUGUGUGUGUGUGUGUGUGAUUUCAAAUUAACCAGCAUUCAACACUAACUGUCUGUAAGGUUGGAAUGGAAGAUGUGACAUCUGGAUGGAUUAUUUAACAGUUCACGUUUUCACAUUUUGCGUUCAAUAGAGUUUUAAGGAUUGCUUUUAAAGAAUGUCCAUGGAGAGUCGGUACUGGUGUGUGUUUGGAAGUAAUUCAUGUGUGUAUUCACGUUCAGUCACAAAGUUUAGAUUUCUGAAAUGUGUCAACCACCAAUCCUGCUCCUAAAAUCUGGUCACAAGGGGCUUUCAAUUAUGUAUAAUGGAUUCAGGAUUAGCCAAAAUGUAUCCCCAUUUAUUUGUACUAAAGAUGACUGUUUGUCGAUCAGCCAUUAAUAUCAUUGCCAAAUUGUAGUCAUAAAUACGGAUACAUCUUGUACUCAGCUGUGCCAACAUUAAAUCUUUGGACCAAGUACGUGUGACCCCCAUCUUUUUAGUUUUCACCUCUUUCUUUUGAGUCAUAUUGUAAAUAACAAUUAUCCAACAAUGCAAUAAACACUAUUGCACUCAGACAGGGAGACAAGCUACUAAAGGGUCGGGUGAUGCUCAAAUGUUUGGAGUCUUUAAAUGUGAAACUCUACGAUGAUGAAACUCUGUAAAGCUCAUCUGAAUCAGGUGACGUUGUUCUUCAAUACUGUUACGAUUCCUUCUCUCUUGUUUCUUUUACUCCGUGCUGUUUUAAUGAAACAUUCUUUUGACAUUGUCAGGUUGAAAAUAAAAAAAAAGAAAUUGUAUCCGUUUCACGCUGAUCUCAAAGCUUCAGGCUAUAGCGUUUCAAAUAAAGUCAAAACAAAUGCAAAAGAAAAAAAAAAUAACUGAAAGCUGUUACUGUAAACACAACAUUUUAAAGGAACUGUGUAUGUAAAAAUAGUAUAUGUAUGUGAUUGAAAAUAAACAAAAUAUUUG